AUGGCUGCCCCGCGUGAGCAACCGCCGUGGAAGCAGCCGUCAGCAACCCCGGAGUUGACGUCGAGGCUGCCGCCACUGAAAAUAUGGAACUCGUUGACUCGAUCCAAAGUCCCGUUCGUUCCCCUCGACCCCGAGGGCAGGAAAGUGACAUGGUAUGCUUGCGGUCCGACGGUCUACGAUGAUGCGCACUUGGGCCAUGCGCGAAACUACGUGAGCACGGAUAUUCUGAGAAGGCUGCUGCGGGACUACUUCAAGUUUGAUGUGAGAUUUAUUAUGAACAUCACGGACGUGGACGACAAGCCUGACACAAAGGCCGACGUUAUGCUGGCAUAUUUGGACAAAUUGCAUGGAUCAUCAAUUUGCGGCGAGGACUACUCGAUUUUCACAAAGCUGACGAAGAGAUUCGAGGAUCGGUUCAUGGCUGAUGCGCGUGCCUUGAAUAUUAUAGAUGCGGACGAAGUCACCAGAGUGUCAGAGUUUAUCCCUGAGAUCGUCAGCUUCGUUGAGCAAAUAGUUCAGCAUAACUUUGCGUACGUGACCGGCGAUGGAUCCGUCUAUUUCGACAUCGCUGCUUUUGAGACUGUUGGUAAUCAUUAUGCCCGAUUGGAACCGUGGAAUAGGAACGAUACAGCGCUCCAAGCAGAUGGCGAAGGCGCAUUGAUCAACAAAAGUAUAGAGAAGCGGUCCAAAGCAGAUUUUGCACUUUGGAAAGCGUCAAAGCCCGGUGAACCAAGCUGGCCUAGCCCUUGGGGUCCCGGUCGCCCCGGAUGGCAUAUCGAAUGCUCUGCGAUGGCAUCCGCACGACUAGGGAAACAAAUGGAUAUUCAUUCCGGUGGCAUUGACUUGGCCUUUCCACACCACGACAACGAGUUGGCACAGAGUGAAGCGUAUUGGCACAAGGGUUGUAGCCAUGACCAAUGGGUCAACUAUUUCCUCCACAUGGGCCACUUGUCGAUUCAGGGGUCAAAGAUGUCCAAGUCACUGAAGAAUUUUACCACUAUUCGCGAGGCUCUCGAAAGGGGUGAUUGGACCCCGAGAAGCCUUCGGAUCGUUUUCCUGAUGGGCAGCUGGGCUGAUGGCAUUGAAAUCACGGAGGACCUGGUCAAAGCAGGAAAUGCAUGGGAAGAAAAACUGAACAACUUCUUCCUCAGUGUGAGAAACUCCUCUGAGACCAUGACGCCGUCGUCGACAGACGAUUCGUUAGCAGAUCAAUUGAAAGCAGCCCAGAAAGCGGUGCAUGAAAGCCUGUGUGAUUCAUUCAAUACAGCGGGUGCCAUGAUCGCAAUAUCGGGGCUCGUUACGCAAUACAACAGCGCAGACAAAUCCACUCUAAAUCCCCAGCAUAUCAAAGACGUUGCUAAAUGGGUUACAUCAAUAGUCAAUAUACUAGGACUUAAUGGCUCUGCGGGACCAGAUUCGGAAGAGAUCGGUUGGUCUGGCAUCGAAGUUCCGGAAGCGGCGAAGCCCUACCUUUAUCCCCUAUCUACCAUGAGAGAUAACCUCCGAGAAAGCGCUCGAAGCAAAACAGGCUUUUCAAUCGAUGUGAUAAAGUCCGUUGCUGCGAAAGGAGAGGAGGCCCUGAAGCAGAACGCGCAUGCGUCUGAGGAGGCUAAGCCAUAUCAGAGAGUCCUAAGCGAUUUCUGCACCAAACUUGAUUCUUUCGAACCUUCUGAUACCAUAUCCAAAGAAGUUUUGGCCCUUUGCGACCGGUUGCGUGAUGUUGAUCUUUUUGAUCUUGGUGUCUACCUUGAGGAUCGACACGAACAACCGGCGGUUGUGCGCACAGUCUCGAGAGAGUUGAUGGCCGCAAGGGAGGAGAAGGUCGCCAGAGCAAGAAAGAAGCAGCUAGAGAAGGAGGCCAGGGAGAAAGAAGCCCAAGAAAAAGCCCAAAGGGGCAGACUUAGCCACCUCCUCAUGUUCCGCACCAACGAAUACAGUGCCUGGGAUGAGAAUGGCAUCCCGACCAAGGAUGCCGCUGGCGAGGAUUUGAAUAAGAGUAAGGGUAAAAAACUAAAAAAGGAAUGGGAAAGACAGAAGAGGGAGCAUGAGGCAUGGUUGGCCAGACAAAACGGGUCAUGA